UAAAAGCUCGCAGUUUAGCUAACAAACAAGAAUAUCAUACUUUAUAUCCUGAUAUUCAUAAAUGUCAAUUUUCUCACAAGUGGGUAGAUAUCGCACAACGAUUGCCUGAAGAAUAUAUUGAAGAACAACAGAGUUUUUUAUCGUUUAUUCUUUAUCGGCGAUCUGAACAUAAUUACCCUUUAAACUUAAUAGGAAAUAUGGAUGAAACCCCUAUUGCAUUUAACAUGCCAAACCAAACAACAGUUGAGGAAUCUGGAAAAAAAACUAUUUCAAUUCUUACAACAGACCAUGAACGCACCUGUUUUACAGUAACUCUAGCCUGUCUUGCAGAUAGUACUAAACUUCCACCAUUCAUUAUUUUUAAGUUAGUUAAUGUACCCCGAGAAAGGUUCCCUGAUGGUGUAUAUGUCCAUGCGAAUUCAAGUGGUUGGAUGAACGAGACAGAAAUGAUCUGGUGGGUGGAGAAUAUAUGGCGUCGACGAGCUAAUUUGGGCUCAAAUCCACGUUUGCUUCUUGUUCUUGAUGCGUUUGCUGGACAUAAAACGGAUCUUAUAAAGCGUCGCAUUCACGUAUCUUUAAACAAACCAUUUAAGGCAAAA